AUGGCGUGUGGGGGCCCGAGCCCCGGGGGGCUCGGCGGGGGCGGGGGCGGGGGCGGCGGGGCGGGGCUGGGGCCCGGGGCCGCUCUGGGCAGCCCGGCCCCCGCCUGGUACCACCGCGACCUGAGUCGUGCAGCGGCUGAGGAGCUAUUGGCCCGGGCGGGCCGGGACGGCAGCUUCCUGGUGCGAGACAGUGAGAGCGUCCCUGGAGCCUUCGCCCUUUGCGUGCUGUACCAGAAACAUGUUCAUACCUACCGGAUCCUACCUGAUGGAGAAGACUUCCUGGCAGUGCAGUCAUCCCAGGGCAUCCCUGUGCGCCGCUUUCAGACACUGGGGGAGCUUAUUGACCUCUAUGCACAGCCCAACCAGGGUCUGGUAUGUGCCCUUUUGCUGCCUGUGGAACGGGAGGCUGAAGUCCCUGAUGAGCGAGACUACUCAGAUGGAGAGGAUGAGAAGCCCCCAUUGCCUCCUCGCUCGGGCUCUACCAGCUUUUCUGCAGGCAGUAGCAGUGGCAGUGUGGCUCGGCCCAGCAGUCCCCCACCAAGCCUGGAGACCUCCACUGCUUCUGCCACAGAGAGUGCCCCCAAUGGGUUGAGCACUGUCACCGUCUCCCACGAGUACCUGAAAGGCAGCUAUGGGCUGGACCUAGAAGCUGUUCGGGGAGGAGCCAGCAGCCUUCCUCACCUAACCAGAACCCUGGUGACUUCCUGCCGGAGGCUACACAGCGAGGUAGACAAAGUACUGUCUGGCCUUGAGAUCCUUUCCAAGGUGUUCGACCAGCAGAGCUCGCCAAUGGUGACGCGGCUUCUACAGCAACAGAGCUCAACACAGACAGGAGAACAAGAGCUGGAGAGUCUGGUCCUCAAACUGUCGGUGCUAAAGGAUUUCCUGUCGGGCAUCCAGAGGAAGGCCCUGAAGGCUCUGCAGGAUAUGAGCUCUACAGCACCCCCAACCCCACUCCAGCCAUCUACUCGUAAAGCUAAGAGCAUUCCUGUGCAGGCCUUUGAGGUGAAACUGGAUGUGACUCUGAGUGACCUCACCAAGAUCGGGAAGUCUCAGAAGUUCACGUUGAGUGUCGAUGUGGAGGGUGGACGGCUUGUACUGCUCCGAAGGCAGCGGGACUCCCAGGAGGACUGGACCACAUUCACACAUGACCGGAUCCGACAACUCAUCAAGUCCCAGAGGGUCCAGAAUAAGUUGGGCAUUGUGUUUGAGAAGGAGAAAGAGAGGACUCAGCGGAAGGACUUCAUCUUUGUCAGCGCCAGGAAGCGGGAGGCAUUCUGCCAGUUACUGCAGCUGAUGAAGAAUAAACACUCUAACCAGGAUGAGCCAGAUAUGAUCUCCAUCUUCAUUGGCACUUGGAACAUGGGCAGUGUGCCGCCCCCCAAAAACAUAACCUCAUGGUUCACAUCGAAAGGCCUGGGGAAGACCCUGGAUGAAGUCACUGUGACCAUCCCUCAUGACAUCUACGUGUUUGGGACCCAGGAGAACUCUGUGGGCGACCGGGAGUGGCUGGACCUGCUUCGAGGUGGCCUUAAGGAUCUCACCGACCUUGACUACCGAGCGAUCGCCAUGCAGUCUCUGUGGAACAUCAAGGUGGCCGUGCUGGUGAAGCCAGAACACGAGAAUCGCAUCAGCCACGUCAGCACAUCCAGUGUGAAGACUGGCAUUGCCAACACCCUGGGUAACAAAGGGGCAGUGGGCGUCUCUUUCAUGUUCAAUGGCACCUCGUUUGGCUUUGUCAAUUGUCACCUCACCUCUGGCAAUGAGAAGACUGCUCGGAGGAAUCAGAAUUACCUGGACAUCCUUCGACUGCUUUCCCUGGGUGAUCGACAGCUUAGUGCAUUUGACAUGUCUCUGCGCUUCACCCAUCUAUUCUGGUUUGGGGACCUCAAUUACCGUCUGGACAUGGAUAUUCAGGAAAUCCUCAAUUACAUUAGCCGAAAAGAGUUUGAGCCUCUUCUUCGGGUGGAUCAGCUCAACCUAGAGCGUGAGAAGCACAAGGUUUUCCUGAGAUUCAGUGAGGAAGAGAUCUCUUUCCCUCCCACAUACCGCUAUGAGCGUGGCUCCAGGGACACCUAUGCCUGGCACAAACAGAAACCAACUGGGGUCCGGACCAAUGUGCCCUCGUGGUGUGAUCGUAUUCUCUGGAAAUCUUAUCCUGAGACCCAUAUCAAUUGCAAUUCUUAUGGUUGCACAGAUGACAUUGUCACUAGUGACCACUCCCCGGUGUUUGGAGCCUUUGAAGUUGGGGUUACCUCCCAGUUUGUCUCCAAGAAAGGGCUCUCCAAGCCAUCAGAUCAAGCUUACAUCGAAUUUGAGAGUGUGGAAGCCAUUGUCAAGACUGCCAGCCGUACCAAGUUCUUCAUUGAAUUUUAUUCUACUUGCCUAGAAGAAUACAAAAAGAGUUUUGAGAAUGAUGCCCAGAGCAGUGAUAACAUCAACUUCCUCAAGGUUCAGUGGUCCUCGAGACAGCUGCCCACGCUGAAGCCAAUCCUGUCAGAGAUUGAAUACUUGCAAGACCAGCAUCUGUUGCUGACGGUGAAGUCCCUGGAUGGAUAUGAGUCCUACGGCGAGUGUGUGAUCGCACUCAAGUCCAUGAUCGGCAGCACAGCCCAGCAGUUCUUGACCUUCCUCUCCCAUCGAGGCGAGGAGACGGGGAACAUCAGAGGCUCCAUGAAGGUGCGGGUGCCAGCUGAACGGCUAGGCACCCGGGAGCGGCUCUACGAGUGGAUCAGUGUUGACAAGGAUGAAGCAGGAGCAAAGGGGAAGCCACCAUCUGUGUCCCGAGGCAGCCAGGACUACAGGUCUGGGAGCCGAAAGCCAGGCCCUGCUGAAGCCUCCUGCCCUUUGUCCAAGCUAUUUGAUGAACCUGAGAAACCACCUCCAACAGGAAGGCCUCCAGCCCCACCUCGUGCAGCCCCCCGUGAGGAUCCCCCCUCUGCUCCCAGGUCGAAGCCAGAAGGAGCUCCGGAAACAGAGGGGAUGACAGCCCCUCCGAUGAAAAACAGCUUCAAUAACCCAGCCUACUACGUCCUGGAAGGGGUCCCACACCAGCUGCUGCCCCUGGACCCCCCGGCCCCCAGCCCUCCUGCCAAGGCUCCCACUCCUUUGGUCACAAAGAAUAAGGUGGCCAUCACAGUGCCCCCCCUGCAGCCCGGCCGCCGGCGACCCCCUCGAGUGGGAGAGGGGAGCUCAUCAGAUGAAGAGGGGGGCACCUUGCCCCCACCUGACUUCCCUCCGCCCCCACUGCCUGAUUCGGCCAGCCUGGAUCUGCCUGCGGCGGGCCCUGGGGGCAGGGGCCGGGGAGGGGUUGAGAUCCGGGGGCCGCUGACUCCUAAGACCCAUCCCCGGCCCCCCCUGCCUCCAAACUCCUCCCCGGCCAGUGCCUUCCUAGGGGAGGUGAGCAGCGGCGAUGACCGAUCCUGCUCCGUGCUGCAGAUGGCCAAGACGCUGAGCGAGGCCGAUUAUGCUUCAGGACCAGCCAGAGGGGGCCUGAUUGGGGGCCCCCUGGACCUGCCUCCCCGAGGUCUGCCCCCAGAUUACAGCCGGGCCCUCGGCUUUCCCCCUCCUCGAAUCCGAGAGAGCAUCCAGGAAGACCUGGCUGAGGAGGUUCCAUGCCCACAAAGUGGGCGGGCAGGCAGCCUGGGCGAGGGCAGCAUGGGGGCCUGGCUGAGGGCCCUCGGCAUGGAGUGCUACGAGGAGGGGCUGGUACACAACGGCUGGGAUGACCUGGAGUUCCUCAGUGACAUCACUGAGGAGGACUUGGAGGAGGCCGGAGUCCAGGACCCAGCCCACAAACGCCUCCUGCUGGACUCUCUGCAGCACAGCAAGUGACCUUCCGAGGCCGAGCGUGCUCUCUCCGCCCCCUGCAGAUGGGAAGGACUGUCCCUCUGAGCCCCCAUCAUGAAGGAACUUGCCCGCUCUGCCUUAGCCAGUGCAGAGGACGGUUGCCAUAUCCUGGCGCCUCCCUCUGCCUAUUUAUUGGGGAGACUCCAGGCUCGGGGGAGGAGAAUUCCCGGGGCCACCCUUCUCCUUCCCCGUGGAGUGCUUCUUGCUCCAUCCUUGGUGGCCCAUCAGUGUCCCUCUACUUCAAUUCUGGCUCCUUCCCCGCCCCACUAGGGUCUGAGGUUGGUUGCCCAAUUUAAGAGGCUCUCAGCUUACUCCGGGAAUGGCCUCAGUCCAAGGUUUUGGGGUGCCAGACGGGGACUCAUUUCUGCUCAGGCCCUUGUGUCUCCAGCGGAGAAAGCGGGCCAGUACAAGGGGGUCCUUGUUACAUUUCACGCCUCUCCCCUCCUCAUCUCAGGGACCCCCUGAGCCACAGGAAGCCCUCAGUCAGGUCCCUACCCAGACUGGCAUCCCACCCGGAAAUGAAGGAACAGCCCCCUUCCUCCCAUUUGGCUGGGCUGGGGUCCCCACUGCCAUGGGGGUGGGGUAAGGAGGGUUCUGUGUUAAUUUAAUCGUCUGGGUUGGGGGAGGGAGAGGGAGGGAAGGAUAGAGGGAGGGGAGGGGUGUGUGUGGACACUUUAAUGUUAUUUUAUGAGAGAGUAGAGUUAGGGCAUGUUUUGAAUCCCCGUCCUAACUCCCUCUGCAAUAAAGGAACGUUUGCUUA